AUGCUGCCGAUGGAUUACAUAGCCGACACGCUCUCGCACAGCACUGCUGUCUCCGCGUUUGGCGUCCUCGUCGUUCUCUCCUUAGCGUACUAUGUGCUAGCAGCUGAGUGGAAGUGUAAGCUUGGGACUCGAAGCGUGGUGCGUCCGUGUGGGACAAAGUUGUUUAUCGGCAACACGUUGGAGGCCAUCCGCACAGUUCCAGUCCGUCAUGACUGGAUUGCCACUCUGUGCGCCGAAGCGAAGGGCGAGCCAGUGCUGCUGCAGUCGUUGGGAACGCAGGAUGUGACUAUGCUCUCGACUCCUAAAGCGUUUGAGGACGUACUCAAGAACCAGUUUGACAACUUCCCCAAAGGACAAAGAAAGACUGAGUACCUGCGCGAAUUCCUUGGUGAAGGCAUCUUUGCAGUCGAUCACGACAAGUGGUACUGCCAGCGCAAGGUCGCCAGCAAUUUGUUCACCAUGCGAUCGUUGCGGGACUCCAUGACGAGUACUAUCCAGCGGCACUUGGUCGUGCUAGAGCGCAUUUUCGGUCGAGCCGCGGAGAAGAACGACCCGGUGGACUUGUACCGACUGUUCAAUCGAUUCACUAUGGAGGCGUUCACCGAGAUAGCCUUUGGCGUGAAAAUGGACGUCUUGGAUUGCGAUAAGGAACACCCGUUCCAGGUGGCGUUUGACCGUUGUCAACGAGCGCUCGUACUUCGCUUCGUCCGACCGAGUUGGUUCUGGAAGACUCAGCGUUUCCUAGGAGUUGGAAUGGAGCGCCAGCUGAAGCAAGACAUUGACGUGAUCAAUUCCACCAUUUUCGACAUUGUGGCCAAGACGAUCCAACAUUGUGGAAAAGACGCGCAAGACGACAAGAAAGCAGGAAAGGAUAUCAUAUCGCUGUUCCUGGACAACAUGGACCAAUCAAAGGACGCAGACGGCGGCUGCUUUGACCCCGUGUACCUGCGAGACAUUGCCGUAAACUUCAUCAUCGCCGGCCGCGACACUACGGCACAAGCGCUGAGCUGGUUUUUCUACUGUCUCAAUCAGAACAAGCAAGUGGAGGCCAACAUUCGCAAAGAACUCGACGCGAAGUUGCCCGAGCUGUGCAAAGGGAAAUGCAGCCCGUCAAUGGACGAUGUCAGCGAACUCACUUACAUGGAAGCUGCGCUGUUGGAGACACUGCGUCUGUACCCGUCCGUCCCGUUCGUCUCGAAGGAGGCUGUUCGCGACACAGUCCUAUCUGACGGCACAUUCAUUGCCGCCGGAUCCUAUGCUGGCUUACCUAUGUACGCCCUCGGACGAAUGCCUCACGUGUGGGGUCCUGAUGCUGCGGACUUUAAGCCAGAACGGUGGAUCGACGUGAAGACCGGCAAACUCAUCACGGUCUCGGCGUACCAAUUUGUGGCAUUCAACGCUGGACCACGCAUGUGCCUGGGCAAAAACCUUGCAAUGCUCGAGAUGAAGUUGAUCGUGGCGUCACUGCUGAGUAAGUACCACGUUGAGCUCGAGAGCCCUGAGAUGGUAACGUAUGCUGUUUCAUUCACUUUGCCAGUGAAGGGACAGCUCAGCGCCAAAAUUUCAGCCAUUUAG